AUGGCAGGAGCUACAUUGGUGUUGUUCACUCUGCUAGCGCUCCUGCCUUCGGGCGGCUCGCACAGCCUAGUUCGUGUCAAUGCGGGGCUCCAUGUGACAAGAGGUCGGUCUGUGUUUGUGACAGAGAGAGAGCUGCAGUUCAACAUCGAAGGGUUUUCUGAUGAAUGUAAGGUAGAGGUCGUGCUCAAUGAACCCAUAACUCAAAGAGUUGGGAAGCUAACUCCUCAGGUGUUUGACUGCCAGUUCUUGCCUGAUGAAGUGAAGUAUGUUCAUAAUGGCAGUCCCUUGCUGGAAGAGGACACGGUCCUAUUGAGAGUCUACAGGUUCACUGAUACUGAGACAUUUAUAGAGACUCUAGUGCUACAGGUGAGGGUGGCGGAGCCCAGCAAUGGCCUAAUAGAAUUUGGAGGUGUCCCACUCGUGGUUCCUGAGUUCUACGGCCUGUCCAAUCCAAUUAACAGUAGCGUCCUGACCUUCAAGACCCAACCUCACGUGGUCUGCACCGUACGUCUCCUUACUUUGGAGACCAACGUACCUAUGCUGGGACAACUUGUCACCGAAGAACCCGCCCAGAAAGACCAGGCCACUGAACCUAAUGCUGCACCAAGAACAGGCAGACAAACCAGAGUUUCCUGCCCUGGUAACAAGGCUUGUACUCAAAACACAAGGGAAGUGCAUUUCUUGAAGAUGAACUGCAAUGAGUUCUUGACCUCAGAUAUGAAGUACCAGCAUCUGAGUCCACCAUCACCAGAGAUUGACUAUGUGCCAAUCAGAGUGGAACUCAGGGACCAAACCUCUCGAGCCUUACUGGAGUCAGAGAACAUUUGGCUCCCAGUGCUGAUCCAUGGCGGCAUGCAGAACCAGCCCCCUCAUGCUUCCUUCAUGUCCAUGUUUAUUCUGGAAGUGGAUCAGUUCAUCCUGACGCCGAUGACCACAGCUGCUCUGGACGCUAAGGAUGAUGAGACUCCACAGGCCCAGCUGGUUUUCAAUGUGACCAAGCCUCCAGCUGAGGGCUACAUCACACAUUUGGAUGACCACACAAAGAUGGCCUCCUCUUUCACUUGGCAAGACCUGCAUGAGCUAAAGAUUGCUUACCAGCCCCCAAACAACAGCCACACUGAAAGGAGGAACUAUGAGGUUGAGUUUAAGGCCAUUGAUGGAUCAUUUGCGAUGAGUCCUCCCAUUAUGGUUCACAUUUCAAUCCGCACUGCAGAGACUAAUGCCCCACGCGUCUCCUGGAAUUUGGGGUUGGAUCUGUUGGAGGGUCAGUCCAGACCAAUCACGUGGGAGGAUCUACAGAUUGUUGAUAAUGACAAUAUCAAUGCGGUCACGCUAGUGGCCGUGGAUGGUCCCCUACAUGGGCGGCUGAGUGUCCGGGGUGGGAAAGGCUUCAUGUUCAAGGUGAAAGACCUACGGGAGGGUGUAGUAGUGUACCAUCACUCUGACAGUGACACCACAAGGGACCACAUUGUCUUCAGAAUCACCGAUGGUCGGCACAGCAUCCGUCAUAAGUUCCCCAUUAACAUUCUCCCAAAAGAUGACACUCCACCUUUUCUGAUAAAUAAUGUAGCCUUUGAGGUUCAGGAGGGAGGCUCUGUGCUAGUGGAGGAGUACAUGCUUCUAGCUUCAGAUCUGGACUCAAGUGAUGAGUACAUUCAGUACCAGCUUAUCACAUUCCCUAGAGCAGGGGAGCUAGUCAAGCAGACCUCUCCACACAAAGCAGGUCUGCCCGUGAAAAGCUUCUUGCAGAGGGACCUAUUACAAGGUUUGAUCUACUACAGACACUCAGGGGAAGAGGUGUUUGAGGACUCGUUUGACUUCAUUCUUUCCGACAGCCAUCAGCCUCCAAAUCUUUCUGAUAAACACACUGUGGUGAUACAUGUAUUUCCAGUGAAGGAUCAGCUGCCUGUAGAGAUGCCUGGCACCAUUCGUUCCAUCACAGUAAAAGAGACAGAGGUCAUCCACCUCACCCAAAGCCACCUUCACUUCAAGGACGCAGAACACCCAGACACAGAUCUCUUGUACUUCAUCACUCAGCCCUGCUUCAGUCCAACCAACACUGGUCUACCAGAUGCAGGCAGGCUAUUCUACACAGACAGCACAAACUCCAUGAAAAAAGAUGCCAUGGUCCCUGUCUUAAAGUCCUUCACUCAGCAUGCUGUCAAUCACCUCAAAGUUGGCUACAUGCCCCCCAUUGAGGACAUUGGUCUGGAGCCCCUCUUUGUGCAGUUUGUCUUUUCUGUGAGUGACCAGGAGGGCGGCACACUCACUGGGCUUAUCUUCAACAUCACUGUCACACCAGUGGACAACCAGGCCCCAGAGAUGUUCACUAAUCUUUUGAGAGUGGAGGAGGGUGGGGGUGCUUUCCUAACAGAGGAGCACCUGUUGGUGCGGGACACAGACACUCCAGAGGGUCAGCUCAGGGUACGGGUGCAGUCUCAGCCCCGACGUGGCAGACUGGAGCUGCAGGGUGCCGUGCUAAUGGAAGGGGACAGCUUCACUCUUCUGGACCUGAGAGCACUGAGAGUCAGGUACAUCCAUGAUGACUCUGAGACAAUAAAGGACAGCAUUAGUCUCAUUAUCACUGAUGGAAUCAACUCUGCUCAAGGGGAACUGUUAGUGCAGAUUCUCCCUGUUAACGAUGAACCUCCCCAGCUGCAGACAGGACUGAGGGGAGCGCUGUCAUGUGAAGAGGGAGGUCGUGUGCAGGUCACUGCUGAGUAUCUGUUCGCCACAGAUGCUGACAGUGACGACACUCGACUAACGUAUAUGCUCGCCAGAACUCCUGCGCAAGGGGAGCUGCAGCGUGGUGGAGUCACUGUGGACAAAUUCUCUCAGUUAGAUGUCCUUCAAGGGCUAAUCUUCUACGUUCACACAGGUGGUGAGAUUGGACCAAAUCCCAUUUCAGACUCGGUCACUCUCAUUGUGUCGGAUGGAGAAGCUGGAAUGACGGAUGGCUGUUGCCAAGAAGAUGCGCUGCCCCCUCCUGUACCUCUGCAUGGCACACUUCCUGUUUAUGACCUUAAUGUCACUGUGCUUCCCAUCAAUAACAAAGCCCCGAUCAUAACUAUAGGAGAUGUAUUUGCAGUGGAAGAGGGAUCCACUGCCUGUUUGUGUGGUGGUGUACUAGGUGCAUCUGACCCAGACACUGACCCAGAGCAUCUUCUCUUCCACCUUGAAACACCACCUCAGUAUGGAUUUCUGGAGAACACCUUACCCUCACCAGGGUUUGAGAAGAGCAAUGCUGGACUACGUGUUGUGUCUUUCAGCCAGCUUCAUCUCAGCUCUGGUUUCAUCAACUACGUCCAGGCAAAGCACCAAGGUGUGGAACCCACUGCCGAUCAUUUCAUAGUUAGUGUCAGUGAUGGGAUUCAGAGGUCAGCCCCGGUGCCUUUUUACAUCAUCAUCAAUCCAACCAAUGAUGAGAUACCAAAACUGCAGCUCAACAACUUCACAGUGACAGAGGGAGGAAUGCUAGACCUGAAUCCAGCUAUACUGGAUGCUCUAGAUCUAGAUGUUCCACAAGACACCCUUACCAUCACGAUCCUGGUUCCCCCAGACCAUGGAAACCUGCUGAGUGGAAUCAAAGGGUUCCAAAUGAGCCACUAUAAAGACAUGGGCCUUGAGAUCCUGCAUCACAGUAUGCCAGUGCAGUCUUUCACCCUGCAGGAGCUACAGCAAGGAAUGAAGAUCACGUACAUGCAUGAUGACACGGAAACCCUUAAGGACGCUUUCACCAUGCAGCUGACAGAUGGCAAGCACACAGUCCAGGGGACGGUGUGUGUCCGCAUCCUACCAGUCAAUGAUGAAAAGCCACUGCUGCUAAAGAAUGCAGGUGUGGAGGUGGAAGCAAUGGAGAGGAGAGUCAUCUCCAGUGUGGUGCUGCAGGCAGAAGAUUUGGAUACCCCUAACAGCCAACUCUACUACAUCCUUAAUGCUGGCCCAAAGUUUGGUCAGCUACAAUUAAAGGCAGAAAAUAGAUGGAUAAACUUGGGUCCAGGUCAGAACUUCACUCAAGAAGAUGUGGAGAUGAACCGCUUGUGGUACCAUCAUACCACACUCACUGGGUUCAAAGGUCAUGAUAGAUUUCACUUCUUCCUAAGCGAUGGGGACAACCAGACUCCUUCACAAAGUUUCUUCAUCUCUGUACGCACUGUUCAAAAGGGCGACAUCACCCUCAUCAUUAAACCGGUGACACUAAUGGAGGGAGAUCGGAUCAUCUUGUCAACAGACAUUCUGAUGGCUACAGACAGUGGAAGCCAAUCAGAGGAGCUGGUUUACACAGUGUCAGUGCCUCCGAAGCACGGACACCUGCAUGCUGUCCAGUACCCUGGCAUACCCUUAUUCACCUUCACCCAAAUGGACGUGGCAGCCCAUCGGGUAUGCUACACCCAUGACAACAGUCGCUUUGCAGACCAAGACUCCUUCAGCUUUGUCAUUACCAAUGGCGUCACCUCAAGGAGUGGUACCCUUGUGUUCACUGUGGAACGAAGCGAUCGUAUCCCACCCACCCUGAACAACAACAAAGGUCUUCAGCUCGCGGAAGGCGCGGCGAAACCCAUCUCUCCAGAACAACUGGAGCUGACCGAUCCUGACACAGCAGCAGAAAACCUCACCUACAUCAUCGUUCAGCCUCCACAGUAUGGCAGGCUUCUCCUGAAAGGAUUCCCCCUCGCCUCUUCUCAGUUCAAACAAUCAGACGUCAACAACAUGGAUCUGGCUUACCAGCAUCAGGGUGGACCGGCCCAAAUCGACCGGUUCACCUUCCUGGCCUCAGACGGGACCAACAAAGGUUUUCUAGAAUAUGGGCAGCUGAAAGAGGAAGCAGUGGCCUUCACAAUUCAGAUAGAACACCUAGACAAAACACCUCCCAGCCUCGUGACUAAAAGGACCCCAAGCACAGUGGAAAAUCUACAGGAUGGCAAGCAGGGCAUCUACAUCACCUCCAAAGAUCUGCAAGCCUCUGAUCCAGACAGCCCUCAUCAGGAACUGGAAUUCUCUAUCACACGACCACCACACUUUGGACACCUUGAGAACGCUUUGACAGGUGGAUAUAUUAAAGGGCGAUUCACCCAGAGAGAUCUGGACCAGCGUGCAGUGCGUUAUGUCAUACCAUCAGACAUAGAGGUGACUGCGGACAGCUUUGAGUUCCGUGUCAUAGAUCCAGCAGGAAAUACCAUGCUGCCUGAGACAUUGGAGCUGACGUGGUCUCGAGUGGAGCUGGCAGUUUCGUGUUAUCGUGUUUGUGAGAAUUCGGGAACACUACCUCUGCAAGUACAGCGCAGUGGAAACAGCAUAGAUCCAGCCUAUAUUGGCAUAGAGGUGGAAGAGGGAACAGCCAAAGUGGGGAAAGAUUUCACUCACAGUUCUGCUAACCUCAUUCAGUUUGAUCCAGGUGUUAAUGUUAAAGUUUGGAAUAUUUACCUGAAAGAUGAUGGAUUGGAGGAGAACCAUGAGAAGUUUGAGGUGGUUCUGAGAGCCCAGAAGAAUGCUGUCCUAGGCCAAAGGAACAGAGCAACUGUGGAGAUUGUGGAUCCCAGAGGAGGCAGAUGUGAUCCAGAUGACCUGAGAGUUGAAGAAGAUGAGUUGUAUCCUCCUGCACUAAACCCUCCAAUUGUCCAUAGACCAGACACAUGGUCAGAGAAUGAACCAACCCCAGACCCACGCAGUGAGAUAUGGGACAAUGUACCUCGCAGAGGAGAUGUCCCACACUUCUUAGAAUACACCGAGGGAGAAAUUCAGGACCAGGGAGUCCAGAGCCAAAGCAGGAGAUGGCUGAAAGUCCUUGGCAACAACAGACAUAGAGUGUGUCAGAUAUCCUUCCAUAAGAUGAUGCUUCAUGGACUGAUCCCCUUGAGGCUGGAGGAGGACAGAUCACUGAACCUAGGCCCAGUUCCUCGUGCCCACUCCGAACUGGAGAUCACUCCAAUCUGGACCUGGUCCGGCCACACCAGUGAGGACACAGAAGGAGAGACUCCACAGAGAGAUUCACCACCACAUGUUACUGGACCUGCCAUGCACCAGCACAGAUCUGGUAAGGCUACCAGUAUUGGCUGUUCGCGUGGCUGGACUCAUUAUCGCAGAAACUGCUACAUCUUGGGCCCUGGCACUGCCAGUUGGAGCAGUGCACAAUAUGCUUGCACACUGUUUGAUGGGCAUUUGGUGAGUGUUCAUUCAAAGUCAGACAUGAAAUGGAUGUGGAAGUUUGCAGGAAAGCAGCCUUUCUGGAUCGGACUAACUGGCUCCCCAGAACAAUGGGCCUGGACUGAUGGUACCUCACUGACCUUCUUCAAACUGAGGAUAGAUGGAGCCUCAGGACAACAGACAGAUGUUGGUUCCCCUCACAGCUGUGUUUUAGCCCAGAGCCAAAAACGAUGGACACCAAAAAACUGCACUGAAGGAUCAGAGCACAGAUAUAUCUGUUCAGCUCCAGCUCAGACCAAUUAA